CGCUAUCAGCAACUACGCAGUUGUGCAAAAUAAGCCGUACAAACUUUUGCGCAGCAAUUAUAAUUCUGCUUCCCGCAUCAGUUACUAAUUAAAUCGAUCUGUUAACGUAUAUUGUAUACACAUACAAACGAUUGUGAUAUUAUCAAGCUAAGCCUUGAAAGAUCUGAAGUAAAUCUAGUCGUCUUUUUUUGUAAAUAUAUAUUACAACAAAGAAGAGUUCAAAUUUGAAGCUUUGCAUCAUCGAGAAAAAGGAGUCCUGCUGCAUACAAGCUAAAACACGCGCAGACGUUCGAGCCAUCAGAUAAAAGUCAAGAGAUACGUUUUUGGAGCAUCAUGUCUGAAUCUCACUUCGACCAGUACGAGCACUUCAACUACGACUACGACAAGUACAUCCCUGCCCGCGCCAGCGGCAAGAAUCGUAGCAAGCGCGAGGCCAAUAUGCAUACCAAUCACUUCGAUCCGAGCGGCCAUUCGAGAAAAAUCCUCACGAAACUCGUCAAUACCGAGCACAACAAACGGGCAAUUACCAAGUCUUAGGCUGUGCUCUUCGAUUGCCUUUAUUAUUAAUUACACGAUAAGGAGUUUUUGAAAGCUAUUUGGAAAUCGUCUAAUACACUUAGUACUACCGAUUGGUUUGCUGUGAUACCUGGAAGCUCCUAAUUUCAUGCAUCAUCCUUCGACUUUUGUUUGAUAAGCGCAUUUAUAAGGAAAUAAUUUAAUUAAUAAUAUUAGUUAAUUAAUUUCAAAUAACUUAAGUUUGUCUUAUCAAGUCAAUUCGCGCAUUAGUUUCAAAAUUGAAAAUUAUGCCUUGAAAAUUAUUAUUAUAAGAUCUUUUUCUUGUCAAUAGUUAUAAUAUCUAUGUGGCUUGAAUAAGAAAUCAUCAAAAAAAUUAUCAUUUUUUCAUUUUCUUCAUUUUAGCUUGUAUGUAAAAAUAGCUAUUAUUAGAUUACUGUUUUUUUGUAAACUUUCCAAGGUUAUUCAAUAGUCUUGACUAUUAAAUUUAAAGUUUCCUAUGUUAAACUGAGUAAUGUAAAAAUACUUAAUAAAAUACUUGUUUCGAAAAGCA